AUUUAUGCGUAAUUGUGUAUGUCAACUAGAGGCACUAUAUUGUCUAUUUUUGAAAUCAUAACCAAUUCUUAAUAAUUACUUAAAUUCCACAGUAGGAGGCUACACGGGUCAACCAGUUUUUGUUGGCAAACAAUAUGGCGGCAACGGAGCAGGCAGAGGUGGAAGUGACGUGGGAGGAUCAGCGAAUGAUAAACACCUUCAGUCGCUUGACUUCAAACAUGAGUGACUUGGAGAAGGAUUUGGAAGUGAAAACACGCCAGAAGAAAAACCUGGAAGAUGCUGAGAGCGAUCUGAUGAUGAUAAUGGAUGACGAAGAGCUUGUGCCUUUCCGGAUAGGCGAUGUAUACAUCGAGGUGUCCCAGUCAGACGCGACAGAGAGAUUAGAAUAUAUACAGAUGCAACUUAACGAGGACACUGAGGCUGUGGAAGAAAAGAUGACGAGUAUCAGAAAAGAAUUGACGAAAUUGAAAACACAACUCUACGGCAAGUUUGGAAACAACAUCAAUCUGGAAGCUGAUUAAAAAUGAUCUACAUUAUUUCAAUGGUUUC